GAGGCAUCGCAAAAAUCUGGCCAGUGGUUGCCAGGUGCUGCCUAGAGACGUAAAUACGCCAGCUAAAAGCGGAAAUUACCAGAUCGGCUUUAAUUACUGUAAAUUUAAUUACUGAAGUCACUGUAGACUACAGUUAGUGUAGACAGUAGAGUGUAGACACUACUGAAGUCCCUAGUACUAGACUAGUCUAGUGUAUUUUUAGAUAUCUACAAUGGCUGGAGUUCCUGACAUAGCGGCUGAUGCUGUUUUAGUCAAAAGUGAGCAAAUGCCUGAGUCGUCUGAGGUGGUCAGAGGCUAUGACUUUAAUGAAGGAGUCAACUAUCAUAAAUUAUUCUCUUCAAUGUCUCGAACUGGAUUCCAGGCUACGAGUGUAGGACAGGCAAUAACAGAAAUUAAUAGAAUGAUUGACUGUAAGUUUCAAGAGAUUCCUUCUGACAAAAGGACAGAGGUCAACUUGAAUCCUUGCGGCAGGGAACUGACUAACUGCACCAUCUUUUUGAGCUACACUUCCAACUUGAUAUCCGCUGGAACUAGAGAAAUCAUCAGAUAUCUAGUUCAACAUAACAUGGUAGACUGUAUUGUCACCAGUGCAGGGGGUAUAGAAGAAGACUUUAUCAAAUGCUUGGCGCCGACUUACGUCGGGGAUUUUGCUUUACCAGGGAAAGAGCUGCGUCUGAAAGGCAUCAACAGAAUCGGAAAUUUGUUGGUACCAAACUCCAAUUAUUGUUUAUUUGAAAACUGGCUUCUGCCGAUUUUGGACAACAUGGUUGAAGAACAGAAAGAGGGCACCAAGUGGACUCCCUCUAAAGUUGUAGCUCGUUUAGGAAAAGAGAUAGACAACCCUGAUUCUGUUUACUACUGGGCUUAUAAGAAUAAUAUUCCAGUGUUUUGCCCAGCUUUGACUGAUGGAUCCCUGGGGGAUAUGAUUUACUUUCAUUCCUAUCAAACUCCAGGACUGGUCAUUGACAUUGUGGAAGACAUACGUCUGAUGAACAGCCAGGCUGUGUACGCUGUCAACACGGGUAUGGUCAUACUGGGUGGAGGCAUCAUCAAACAUCACACGUGUAAUGCAAACUUGAUGAGAAAUGGUGCUGACUUCUCUGUAUUUGUCAACACUGCCUGUGAAUUUGAUGGCAGUGAUGCCGGAGCGAAACCUGAUGAAGCUGUAUCCUGGGGGAAAAUUAAACUUACUGCCAAGCCUGUGAAGGUCUAUGGGGAGGCAACUGUGAUAUUUCCCAUUCUUGUAGGUGAAACAUUUGCCAGUAGGCAGAAAGAGUUCCAGGCCUUUUAUUCAAAGUGAAAGUAGAAACCAAGAAAUUCUUAAUGAUGCUCAGAUUUGCUGCAGAGAGCUGAAAAUUGUUAGCUGUUAUUUGACUAUGAUAUAUUCAUCCAAUAUGUGUUAUAAUAUCAUAAAUAUAAAUCAAAUCUUGUUAUAUCUAACUUGAAGGGACUGAUUCUUGUUGUUCAAAAUAAUAAUAAUAAUAAUAAUAAUCUUUAUUGUCCUUAUGGAAAUUUGUUAUACAAUUUGUGCAUUACACCAAACAAAAAACAUUAUAACUAUAAGAAACCAAAGUGUACAUUCACACCAGACUCACUCAUAAUUUACAUGUGACAAAGUUUAUACCAGAUUGUUCUUAUAUAAUGAUUUGAUUGCCAGGGGAACAAUGGUAUGUAAGUCAACCGUAUUGUUAUGAUCUCUCUCUCAGGCUCUCUGCUAACUUUGCUCAACACAGCACAUCAAACUCAAGAAUUUGACAAAAGAGCUCCUAAAUAAUGCGGUAGUUUAAUAACUAAAUAAAUAGCAGUCAAUACUGCACAGCUGGCUACUUGAUACACUGAUUACUAAGGCUCUACUCAACUUGACUAGUUCUCUCCUGUCCAGGACUUUCAUAGUACUGGACCGACUUCACUAUGGACUAACAGUACCAGACUGACUUCAUUAUGGACUAACAGUACCAGACUGACUUCAUUGUGGAAUGACAGUACCAGACUGACUUCACUGUGAACUAACAGUACCAGACUGACUUCACUAUGGAUUAACAGUGCCAGGCUGACUUCAUUGUGGAAUGACAGUACCAGACUGACUUCAUUAUGGACUAACAGUACCAGACUGACUUUUGUGGAAUGACAGUACCAGACUGACUUCAAUGUGCUGAACUUUUAUACACACUCUGUCUCUAUAUCUCGCUUUCGAAGGCUUUCAAUUUUAUGUUCAUAUUACAGAUGAUAUUUACAGUACACAGUUAACGCUAUCACAUCACCAACACAGUUACAACAGUAUAAUUCACUUUCACCAGCUCCUUAGUUUAGUGUCUUCCUGUAUAAUUAGCUAGAUUCAAUUCUAAUAUACCCAUAACUUUAUUAUUCUAUAAGACUCAGAUUCUUUGGAGCAGUUAGCUCUAUGCUCCAUUGAAAGUUUUAAUGAAGAUUUAUAAUCUUGCUGAAUGUUGGCUUCUUCUGGCCUUCUUUUUUGCUGCUGAGUUGUAGGCUCUUUCCCAGUCUGUGCCAAGGAGAAGCUGCAUGCCUUUUUUUUUUUUUGCGCCACACUGCCAUGCAGAGUGUUGGUUAUGUUAACCUUGGUUUUAGAAUAACAGUCUUGUCCUAGAAAUUAACAUGUUAAAUUCUUUUUAGUGUUAAUACAGAUAAAAAAUGUCUUUUUUUUUCUAUGGUUAAUAUUUGUAAUAAAUUUUAAAACAAACAAAGAAUUUAGCUUGUAAAACAAGAAGCAGUUUCACAUAUAAAUUGUUUUAAUAGUUUUUUUUAUUUAAGUUGAACUAAUCCUAUGAAAUGUCCAAAAUUGACAAUAAGAAUAAGGCUUUUCUUCAAUUACAAUGUUUCAUAUGGCUGCGCUGUCCCAGCUGCGAGCUACAUAUUUUGACACAUGCAUCGCAGACAUAACCAUAAUCCAGCAGUGGUUGAUUUAGGUUCUCUUUUCAGUUUCGACAGCUGUAAUCUGCAAAGGAAUUUGUUUCGGUCACAGAUGUAUAUCCAGCAGCCUUUGUAAUAAAGCUGCCUGCUGCCAGGCAUUAUCUUAUAUGCCAAUAAAAGCAAGCUUAAUUUGGUCUUUUAUGCAUUUCAGUGGGCACCUCUUUUAUGCCGACCACCUUUUAUCACACCAAAAAAGUUGAUUGACAAUGAUGAAUGGAAAACCUACUGUUGUUCCUUCACUUGACUUCUUUGAAUCCUUGACAUUAUUUUAACAAACUCUCAGUGUAUUUAGAUAUCAUUAAUUUCAUGACUACAGCCUCUGUUUAAUUUAAAGAGGAGAUGUUGAUAUGGAUGAUGACUUGAGGUCUAUAUUUAAACCAGUAAUUUUAGUUGAAUGAAAUGUUUAUACCAGGCUGUAUCUUAAGAACAAUUUUGAAAUGCUGUAAUUUCAAUUUAAACAAGUUUGAUAUAAACAGGUUUUGACUGUUGGUAGCUAGAGAUGUAAAGUAUCGGAUCGAUGCUUAACUUUAAUAUCACACAUAGACAGAUAUUUUAUUAUCAUUUAUAUGAAAUCCUUUUAUGUUUUAUGUUUGCUAUGUUUGUAAGAUAAAUGACAUAGAAAGGAAAUUAUUGAUCAGCAAAUACAACUAAAGUUUACAGCAAUGUACUAAUACUAAUUUCAAAUUUCAUUCCCUAAAAUUGUUUGGUAAACCACAAACUAAAUCUUAGCAUCUCUCUCUCUGACACGUUCCUUCUGAUUUCGAUGAAAAAAAAAAAAAUGUUGUUUUGUUUUUAUCAGAAAUUUCCCUUUGUCUGUUGUAACUUCUUGCUGUUAUUAUCUCUGCAAUGUACUCAUUUUUCAGAGAUUAUUUGUAAUUAAUAUUCAUGUUUAUUAUAUUUUGAGGCACCGAAAAGUUUUUCAUUUGACAUUAGUCACUAGCAUUAUUCAAAUCAUGGAAAAAAGUUUGCAAAGAAAUCACCACAAAUGUUUCUCUAAUCAGGGAGAUGCAGAAAUUUUAAUCAGUGCAUGUGUUUUAAAACAAGUGCUUGGUUAACAAAAAACCAAAAAAACCCCCACAAAACUGGAGUUUUUGCAUUGUACUUUCAGAGUUUGGAAAUGUCAAGAGUCAAAUAACACUUCUAUUGAUUAUCUUUAGAAAUUUUCCAAGUGAUUAAGAAUAAAGUUCAGUCUAGGAGUUGUUUUACCAGUGAUGUAUUUUUUUGUUAGCUUGUGAGACAAUUGUUAUGCUUAAUUUAUAAGUGUCUAGCUCAGGGGUUCUGUGGGUCGUGACCCCCUUGGGGGUCGAUUGACGAUUUGCCAGGGGUCGCCUAAGACCAUCGAAAAUAUGGAUUUUUAUUGUCUAUUCUUCUAUUGCUGUGCGUGGGUGGGGUCGAGGCAGAGUGGGAGAUUGAUAAAAGGGGUCGCCGAGCAUAAAAGGUUGAGAACCCCUGGUCUAGCUGAAAUGAAAGGUGUAUGAUUUAUUGAUUUGUGUGUUUAGUUGAAAUGAAUGGUACGUUAAGUCAUGUGGGAAAUGUCUAAUUGUAAUGAAAAGUAUGUGAUCUUAUUUUAUUUGAAGUAUCUAAAUGACAUGAAUGGGAUGGUGAAUUAAUUUAAUAGGAACCUUUACGAGUUGUUUCGACUGUUGAUACAUCAGAAGUGUACUUUUGUUAUUGAUAUUUUGCUUGUGUGUGUUUUGUGGUGGCAGGUACAUUUUUUCCUUUGCUUAUUAUAUUCCACAGCAUUUUUUUCUUUAGAUGCACAGAAAAUGAGAUUGUACUCAUGCCAUGCACAUUUGACUUAAUUAUUUGAACUUGAUAUUUUUUUAUUGCCAGUAAAUAACAUUGAAAAAAAAAAGAUCCUCAGAACUGCAAGUUUUUAGUAAAUAUUCAAUUUAUUUUAAUUUACAAAAAAGAGACACCCAGAAAACCCAAGUUUUCAACCAAGCAUGCAAUUCAUGUCAACAAGUCUUGUUUUAAGCCUUGCAAUAAACUUCAACACAAGUCCAUGAA